UGGAUAAAACAGCGAGAAACUUUGGACUUGUGAAUGAACCCAAACCAUGAGACGGCGAUCAUCAUCUCCUCUUUUUCUUCCUCACCUCUUCUUACUAAGCUGCUGCUUCCCAUGGCUACCCUUUUCUGCCUCGCAAGCAGCAGUGGAGUACCUUCCAGGCUUUGAUGGCCCGCUGCCUUUCUAUUUCGAAACUGGGUAUGUGGGCGUGGGAGAAUGGGAGGACGUGCAGCUGUUCUACUACUUCGUCAAGUCGCAGGGGAAACCUGAAACCGACCCUCUUGUGCUUUGGCUCACCGGCGGCCCCGGCUGCUCUGCCUUGUCUGGCCUCUUCCAUGAAAUCGGUACAACAACACUUCUCCCAACAAUUCGAGUUAUUGGGACUAACUGGUUCUUGACAUUAACAAUCUUUUGGAAAUCUGUUUCCUCGUCAGGUCCAAUCCAUUUCAAGCUGGAGGAGUACAAUGGGAAGCUGCCUUCGUUGAUCCUUAAUCCCGACGCAUGGACACAGGUCGCGAGUAUCAUUUUCGUGGAUCUUCCUGUUUUGACGGGAUUCUCCUAUGCAAGAACAGAGGCUGCCGCUCUAUCCAGUGACAACUUAGACAUAGACCAAGCUGUGGAAUUUCUCAGGAAGUGGCUAAAGGAGCAUGGAGAGUUCAAAUCGAAUCCAGUUUACAUCGGUGGAGACUCCUACGCUGGCAUUCAUAUCCCAGGGGCAGCCCUUCGGAUCUCUAAUGAGAACGAACAAGGAAUCCAACCAGUGAUCAAUCUCGAGGGUUAUUUGGUGGGUAACGGUCGUGCUAAUGCGACCAUCGAACAAAAUUCCAAGAUCAAGUUCGCUCACAGGAUGGCUCUUAUUUCGGAUGAGCUUUAUGAGGUUCCUACCAUCGGGAUCGAUUAUGUUACCUCGUUGAGAAGAAGUUGCGGCGGGGAAUACUACAACGUAGAUCCUAGCAACUCCGAGUGCAUCAAACAUGUUCGAGAUUUUGAAAAGUGUACAUCAGGACUCUACGUAGCGCAGAUCUUGUCACCCGAGUGCACUUAUGUCUCGCCAAAGCCGACGAGGAUGGCACCGAGAAGAUCAAUGUCUCUUGAAGAGUUGUUGGAAUUGGAGGCAGAGUCACUUCCUAGACUUGGAUGUCCUACUUUUACAUACCUGUUAUCCAAGUACUGGGCCAAUGAUGAAUCCGUCCAGAGUGCUCUCCGCGUUAGAAAGGUUCAAAACUUCAUUAUACUUUCUUCUCAAUUAGACAUCAUCAUCAUCAUCAUUAAUGAUACCAAUGGAGCCUUUUUUGUUCUGGUUGGAAACAGUGGGGAUCAUGACUUGAUCAAACCCUACGUGGGAACCCUGGAGUGGAUCCGAAGUCUGAAUUUCAGGAUAGUCGACGAAUGGAGACCGUGGUUGUUUAAAAACCAGGUUGCUGGCUACACAAGGACUUACUCAGAUCCAAGAUACUUCAAUCUCAUGACCUUUGCAACUGUCAAGGGUGGAGGCCAUACGGCUCCUGAAUACAAGCCCCCCGAGUGUUUUGCCAUGUUUCAAAGAUGGAUUACAGGCAAACCACUCUAAUGAUGCAACUUCUCUGGGCGGGAGAUUGAUCAACGUCUUGAUUCAUGGCUAAGAGCUACCAACCAGUUAGCCGGUUACUUCUAUAAAUGUAUUUGAUGUUAUGGCAUCAUGCUUAAUUGUAAUAAACAAUGAACGAACCUUGAUUAUCAAGGAUAACGAUGAUGGAAUGAUAUGAAUGAAUGAAUGCAGAGUUCCAAAGGUAAGAGUGGAUUAAUUUAACUUUGAUUAUUACUAGUUAUGGCCUGCUGGCUUACGCUUCGUGGCGAGUGGAGAUAGCGAUGUAAAUGUGUUUGUAUAAAUGAUUUAGUAACUGUACCGGAAGACAUAAUUGCAAAAGCAACAAAAAAAAUCAUUAAAGUGU